GUUUUUCCCAAGCCCUUUAUUGCCGCUCGCCGCCGGUCCCUGCACAUUCUCUCACCCCACGGCCUUUGCUUGUGUACUUCCGACAAGUCCAGCACCUGCUCCUCGUUCUGUCGCCUCUCAGUCCCGCCCAUUGGGGUACAGCAUAUCACCGUCUGCUGGCUGCCAAACACCGCUGUGGCCCGCCGUUUCGCAGCAUCUCCCGCACAAAGAGGUUCGCAGGGGCCUUUUCAACAGGUCCCACCGAGCUCGCUCAGGGUCAAGCAAGCACCUGGUGUGGACAACGGAACGGCAACGCAGGACCAUCAGUCGUCCUGACACCUAGCCAUGGCUUCAGUCACGGCCAAUUCGCCGCCCGCGACUGCAGCUUCUCCAUCGUCUCCCGUCCGCUCUUUGCACAGGAAGCCCGUCAGCCCUCCCCGCGCGAUCCCCAACAACAUGCCAGGCAACAUCCGCAUGGCCCCAGUCUCGCCAGUCCGACUCAACUUCCAGCCAGACAGCCGGGCGCUAGGAUCCGAUCCCAGUUUCCAACAACAACGAGUUUCCAUGUAUCUAGACGAUCAUAUUCACGAUGCCAGCGACGCCCCGGUCACGAGUCAGCAACCACAAGCGAGGGCGCCAUCACAUGCGCACUCGUCUACUCUCCCGAAGCAGCGACAGGCCCCACGUGUUGAGCUCGAAAAGACCCUGCCUCCGGGCUCCGAACAUUCAGAUAUCCCCGGCCAGAUUGGGAAAUCCACGGCGAGCACGGUGAAUGGUCAGGGUGCUGGUGAGCAAGAUAGGCUCAGCAGAGAGUCUGACACAACCUCGACAUCCCAAGUAGAAACUUCUCAAGCUUCUUCGGUGGAGACGAGCCACAGCUCCGUCUCGGCAGGUCCUCAGGAGAAGAGUGGCAGCCAGACAGGCUCAUUAAAAGAUCCGAUACUGGAGGAGGUAUCAGUGCCUCAGCUCCAGUAUCACCACCAAGCAUUUAUGCCGCGGGUGGCCAGUGUGCCGUUGGAAAUGCAUUCGCGCAACUCGUCCAACACGGAUCUCGGAGACCCAGGCAUCAACCGCCACCUGACGCCCAAUUCCAAUAUCCGCAGAAGCUCCAUGCCACGACCGCAAUCAUCUUAUUCUCUGCUCUCUGAUGGAGGUCCUCGCGGCAAGUCACCUCUAGCAGCUCGUCGAUCGCCAGACGUAAGGCCACAGUCGUAUGCAGAACUUCUCAACGUGCCGUAUCCACAGCCAGCUCCGGCACCGAUCACAUUCGACAACUCACAAUUGCGCAACAAUGUCGGCACGAAUGCUUCUUUACUUAGCGCACAAAAGACACUCGAGAUGUACAGACAAAACGUCAAGAAGACAAACGACUUCUCCAUCCAGUACUCCUUCGCAGUGUUCUUGAUUUCGACCGCGCAAGAGCAGGGGCUGAGCCGGUCAGAACCUGCGAGACGCAAGGGGUCGGCCAAGCCUGACACUCCAGAAAUCGCCGAAUCAUCGCCGACCGAGCUUGUGCGAGAGGCAAAGGCCAUUCUCACCAAGCUUGCGAGCGCUGGAUAUCCUUUCGCCCAGUACUACCUGGCUGAUGGCUACGCGUCCGGCAUAUUCAAUAAGGGUAAGGAGGAUCCGAACUCCGCAUUCCCGCUGUUUGUGCUCGCGGCCAAGCACGGCCACGCGGAGUCAGCCUACCGUGCGGGCUUGUGCUAUGAAUUUGGAUGGGGCUGCCGUUCAGAUCCCACCAAGGCGAUUCAGUUCUUGAGGACAGCUGCCUCCAAGAACCACCCAGGUGCCAUGACACGUCUCGGUAAGGCCUGCUUGUCUGGAGAUUUGGGAGAAUCUCGCUACAGGGAGGGUUUGAAAUGGUUGAAACGUGCAUCAGAGGCGGCGGACACGAUCUACAAUGCCGCACCCUACCAUCUCGGCACUCUGUACGAGACGGGCUAUGGCGAAGACAUCUUCAAGGACGAGGGCUACGCUGCCGAGCUUUUCACUCAGGCUGCUGAGCUUGGCCACCCAGAGGCUAGUUUCCGCAUGGGCGAUGCUUAUGAGCAUGGGACGCUCAGCUGCCCGCGGGAUCCUGCGCUCAGCGUCCAUUUCUACACAGGCGCAGCCGAUCGUGGCCACCCCGGAGCGAUGAUGGGGCUGUGCGCAUGGUACAUGGUUGGCGCCGAGCCUGUGCUGGAGAAGGACGAAGAGGAAGCGUACGAGUGGGCACGGAGAUCUGCAGAACUUGGUUUUGUCAAAGCACAGUACGCUGUCGGUUAUUUUACGGAAAUGGGCAUCGGCUGCCGACGUGAUAUUCUAGAAGCCAAUGUCUGGUACGUCAAGGCUGCCGACGCUGGAGAUGAGAGAGCCAAGCAGAGACUGGCCGUGAUUCGCGAGGCUGUCAGUGGAGGCGGUCCUCGCGGAGUUCCUAUGGAUGUUGCUCCUCCGCGCAACGCAAAGAUGAAGAAAAACCAAUCCAAGGACGAUAAAGACUGCAUCGUAAUGUAAUUGUUCAACGGGGGCCGAUGGGAGAGCAGAAUUCAAGGGUUUCGGCGCAGGCACCUUUGCUUCAUGGUAUCAGGUUGUGGUUUGGGUUUGGCAGGUACACCGAAGCGCUUCGCACUUUGUUGGUGCUGGUCGUGCGACCAUGCAGCACGCAUACGCAUUCUUGGAAACUCUGAGGGCUGAGGGAGGAGCUUGUCGACUUUUCUAUCUUUUUUUUCUUCACUGCUGGGAUAUCAGGAGGUCAUGGGAAAAGGUGCAUUUUGUCUCGAGUUUUGCCCCCCUUCAUUCGCACCUGCAUCGCAUCGCUCGAGCUUUCAUCAACUGCAUCAGCCAUCGUAAUCGCAUCAUCGAAAAAUUGACGUAAUGACCAG